GCCAACGACCACCUUGCUGCCCUAAACGCUGCCGACGACGUCGACGAGCAGUCAUGAAUAUUUUCAGGUUUUUUGGCGACUUGUCGCAUCUGGCGUCGAUAUUCAUCCUCAUACAUAAAAUCACGACAACACGAUCAUGUCGAGGUAUCUCGUUCAAAACGCAGGCGCUAUAUGUCACCGUCUUCGUCACGCGGUACCUCGACCUGUUCACGUCCUACGUCUCACUGUACAACACGGUCAUGAAGAUCUUCUUCAUUGCGAGCAGCUGCUACAUUUUGUACCUGAUGAGAGUUAGAUACCGACCAACCAACGACCCCUCCAUUGACACGUUUCGGUUGGAAUACCUCGUCGGCCCUUGUGUUGUCCUCGCUCUGAUCUUCAACUACGGAUACAACCCAACCGAGUUGUUAUGGUCCUUUUCGAUAUUCCUGGAAUCCGUCGCUAUCCUACCGCAGCUGUUUAUGCUGCAGCGGACUGGAGAGGCAGAAACGAUUACGACGCAUUACUUGGCUGCUUUAGGUGCAUACCGGGCCUUGUACAUUCCCAAUUGGAUCUACCGGUACUUCUCCGAAGGCUACGUCGACCCGAUCUCAGUCACGGCAGGUUUAGUCCAGACCGGACUUUAUUUAGACUUCUUUUACGUCUACUUUACGAAAGUGUUACAAGGCCAGAAAUUUGAGCUGCCCGCAUAAUAGCGCAAGGUGUAGAUGGAGGUGGCGGGUGCGCGCGAGUCUGGGACUCGUCAAAAGCCUGCGGCAGGGGGGCAGGUGUACACGGACUACAUUACAGUAUACAUAGUGCAGUAAAUACUUUGCAAACGCUUUCCUGAUCCUUCCAGCAUAAGCAUUCGAUCCAG